UCUUAUUCAACACAUGUUUAUGAAAUUUUACAACGAGAUGUAAUGUCUUAUUUCAUUUCUGUCUAAUUCAUUAAUUGAAAUCAGAAUAUUAUUUGAUUGUUAAUUGUUAAACCAUUUUAAAACUAUGCCUAAAGCAAAGAGAGGGAGAGGUGCUCGGACUGCUCCUACUCGAGUUAGUACAAGGAAUAAAAAAACAACCAGUCAGCCAGUUCAACGGGAGGCUGAAGAAGAGGCUAAAUCUAAUAUUGAAGAAGAAGAGAAGGUUGAACCGGUUGUUCCAGCAACAAUUGUACAAGACAAGUAUUUUGAAUCUCGAGAGCAAACACAAUUACCUCCAACUUCUAUACCUUCUCCACAACCGCCAUCACCUGAACCAGAGCUGAUAGAAGCAAGUACUGUUGCUUAUCACAGUAAUAGUGACACAGAAGAGGAAGAUGGUGAUGAAUCGAGUUAUUUUGAUAAACUUGAUGCCGAGGCUCAAGAUGCUAUCAACAAAGAAAUUAGAGAGGAAUGUCACAAAUAUUUUUCUAGUCUUGAUUUCAUUAUGGAGCCAGAUAUUAUAAAUCAAUUGAAAAGAUAUUUUCAAGCUGGAGGCAACCCUGAGGAAGUCGUUACUCUUCUGUCGGAGAAUUAUCAUGGAAUUGCCCAAACAGUUAACCUUUUAGCUGAAUGGCUAAUCAUGACGGGCAUGAAAAUUUGUGAAGUUCAAUCUUUAGUUGAAGAUCAUCUUAAGCAAAUGAUAAUGAAGCGCUUCGAUCCCAAGAAAGCUGAUUCUAUUUUCGCUGAUGAAGCUAUUAAAACACCUAUCUGGCUUACCGAAAUGAUCGAACACCCAACAUGGCGAUCUCUUAUUUAUCGAUUAGCUGAGGAUUACCCAGACUGUCUUAUGUUAACCUUCACCAUCAAAUUGAUCUCAGAUGCUGGUUUUCAAGGAGAAAUCACUAGUAUAUCAACUGCGUCGCAACAAUUAGAAGUAUUCGCUCGCAUCUUGAAAAACUCAGUCAACAAUUUUCUUGACGGUGGAGAAGAUGAUAUGAAAAAACAAAUCGAUGAGUUUACAAAGAUGGUGUGUCACAGUGAACACACUUUUCUCUAUAGCUGUGCAAUUCUUCAUGUUUUAUCCCAAGAAAAUAAAGGAGGUACAAUAGUUAAGAGACUUCUCCAAGAAGUAACUCAAAGAGCUUCUAAAGAUGGACAUAAUGCAACUCCAGUUCUCGUAGCAUUAAAUGGAGCCUGGGCCCACCAAAGAGUUACUCAAGCUUUAGCUGCUAUGCUUAGUAAGAACAAUUUAAAUCCAGCUGAUAUUACUGUGUUAGCCAAAGCAUAUCAAGCUCCUGACCCACCACCAGUAGAUCUUCUUCGUAUUCCUCAAUUUCUCGAUCUCCUCUUAACGAUUAUAUUUCGACCAACUUCAAAAAUAAACCCAGAACAUAAGCCUAAAUACAUCUAUUUACUGGCUUAUGCUACUAGUGUUCAUGAAACAUGGAAAAAAGGAGUUCGUAAGACUAUAAACAAAGAAGAAUUAAAACCAACUAAUCAAGCGAUCGAAAAAGUUAACAUUCUUAGCAACGAGAAAAAAGGUUCAUCUGAAUUACUUCCAGAGCUUAACACACUUUAUCAAUGUAUAAGAUUUCCUGUAGUAGCUCUUGGAAUUAUAGAAUGGGUGAAAUAUUUAGUUAGUGAGCGAAAUUACUUUCAAUUAUCAACUGAACACACUCCUUUACAUCUGGCUCUUUUGGAUGAAGUAGCCACUUGUCAUACAACUCUUCAUAACAAAGUAUUGGACCUUUUGAUUCAUCUUUUCGAGUCUCCUCACGAGGACUUAGAUGUUUUGGUCCAAUUAGAGGUGAAAAAAAUGCUCAUCGAUCGAAUGGUUCAUGUUUUAAGUCGUGGUUGUGUAGUUCCAGUUGUAAAUUAUAUGAAGACUUGUUGGCAAAAACAAGCCACUGACGUUUCCCUCAUUCGUUAUUUCGUAACAGAAGUUCUUGAUGUUAUCAGCCCUCCAUAUACUCCAGCAUUUAUUCAAAUAUUUUUACCUCUGGUCGAGAAUGAAGAGAUAACUGGUAAUAUGAGAAAAGAGCAUGAAAGCACCUUGGUAUCUCAGUUCAUCAUUGAAGCCGGAGGAACAUGAUGUUCGCAAAAAUUUAAAACUGGCUUAUUUUCGAAGAUUUAUUUUUCAAUUCUCUUUGAGUUGGUUAUGCGCAACUUAAGCAACUGCAAAACACAAUGGUCAUCAUCUUUUAUAUCCAUGUUUCAUCAAAUCAACUAUUAAAUCAUUGUGAUUACAAAUCUUUCGGUUUACAAAAUUUGGAUUGUAUGAAGAUCCGAGGAACUGAAAUACCUUCUUUUUUAUUCACCGUCUCUUUUCGUACAAAUUCAUUUGAUAUCAUCUGAAAACCACUCUUCGUGAAAAGCUCCAUCACAUUCUCUGAAAAAAGCAAAAAAAUGAUCAAAAUGUGCAACAUUAACAAAGCUAUUUCUCGGAGGAGAAGUUCAUUUUACUGUAAAUUCUCAUCCCGUUAAUUUAAAUCAUUUUUUGCAACUCAUCACGAUCAACUCUGAGCUGCUGUUUAUAUUAAAGUGAAAUAAGACACCUGAUUUUAAA